AUGUCCCCGCCGACGACGGACGAGGGCCGCACCUGGACCGGCUUGCCUGCCUCUUCUCGUCGACGAGGUGUUUUUUUUGGCCAUCGGGCUCGGCAGGCCGUGGGCCUGUGUGCUGGGCCGCGACGGUCCCUGGCGGGCCCUCCUGGCCUGCUCAACAUCCGUUGUCGUGGUGGCUGCGACUGGCACGGGUCGAGACCGGCGCAUACGUCUGAGGGAUUUCGUGGUGAUCAUGUCUUGCUGGGGCUUUCCCUCGCCCCUCAUCGGCUGAGUCUUCGCCCAGCCCUGCUCAAGACUGCCAUGGGUGGGCUCAUUGGUCCAUCCACAUCGUCGCUAUCCAACGAGCUCAAGAGCCUCGGGGUCGCCUGCUUCCUGGGCGCUGCUGGGACGAACGAGAGCGGGGUCGCCCUCCUCCUUCGCGCUGUCGAUCGGCGUCUACUGCCACUUCGCUAG